CUGGACUAGGCCGGGGAUCUUCCCCGGAGCGGAGACUGGAGCCCGGGACCCGGUGAGGCCUGCCCGCGGACAUGUCCGGCAAAAUAGAGAAAGCAGAUAGUCAGCGCUCCCACCUCUCAUCUUUCACCAUGAAACUGAAGGACAAGUUCCACUCUCCUAAGAUCAUCAAGAGAACGCCUUCUAAGAAAGGAAAACCUGCCGACCUGUCUGUAAAACCCAUAGAAAAACCUGUCAACAAAACUCUGAGCCGCUUGGAGGAACAGGAGAAGGAAGUUGUCAAUGCCCUACGUUACUUUAAGACUAUUGUAGAUAAAAUGGCUGUAGACAAGAUGGUGCUGGUGAUGCUGCCGGGAUCUGCCAGCAAAGUCCUGGAAGCCAUCCUUCCAUUGGUGCAGGCGGACACGCACACACAACAAAGUACUGCUAUCGCCUCCUGCUACAGCCGAGUGUACCAGUCUCUUGCCAACCUCAUUCGCUGGUCUGAUCAGGUGAUGCUGGAGGGUGUCAACUGUGAAGACAAGGAGAUGGUAUCCACUGUGAAAGACGUCAUAAAAGCGGUGCUGGAUGGUGUCAAGGAGCUGGUGCGAUUGAUGAUCGAGAAGCAAGAGCGCCCGUCACCGACCAGUCCCGUGAAACCAGCCUUACCUGCAGGCAAAUCAGACAGCACGCAAGAUUUGCCUUUGUCGGAGAGAGAGCUGGAGAUUCUUAACAAGUCGCCCGAGCCAUCUCGUAAGGAUGUUCCAGUAGACUGUGUAGAGACCGAUGAGCUUGCUCCACCCAAACCCCCAUUACCUGGCAUACGGGUGGUGGAAAAUAGACUGGAGCUUUGUGUUUCUCCUUUAAAUAAAAUAACCUGUUCUUUUCCUUUGUCCAUUUGCAGCCCACCGCCGGCAUUACCUCCAAAGAAAAGACAAUCUGCACCCUCUCCCACUCGUGUGGCUGUCGUAGCACCUAUGAGCCGAGCUACUAGUGGAUCCAGUAUACCUAUAGGCGUCCAUAUGCCGGAUUUUGAAGUGAAUUGUUACGCACACCGCCGAUUAUCUGGAGGUAGUCAGUCGUACGGGGGCGAGUCCCCGCGUCUUUCUCCGUGUAGUAGUAUAGGAAAACUUAGCAAGUCUGACGAACAACUCUCCUCCCUGGACAGAGACAGCGGUCAGUGCUCCCGAAAUACCAGCUGUGAGACUUUAGACAACUACGAUCCAGAUUACGAGUUCCUGCAGCAAGACCUCUCUAGCACAGAUCAAGUAACUGGAGUCCUCAGCCCUCUCCCUGAAUCCCUAGGAGAGACCGGUUCCCCUUUUCAUGGACAAAACUUCCAAUUACCUCCCAACACCCCUCCGCACUCAGAAUCCACUCACCCCGCCACAAUAGAGGCUCCUCCUGCCCUCCCCGAGAAGAAACGUAGAAGUGCAGUUGGCCAUAACUCUGAUGGCUCUCGAGUGUGUUACGAAAGACACCCUUCCCAGUAUGACAAUAUCUCCGAGGAUGACUUGCUUCUCCCCCCUACUGGUACUCCGUUUGCUGCUGUUUCCCCAUUUCAACCUGGAAUCACCCCUCAGAUGGAUUUCCUUGGUGAUUUUAUUGCGGCGGAGAAUGACGACAUUCCAGAAAAGCCACCGCCUCUUCCUGAGAAGAAGAACAAACACAUGAUGACGUAUAUGCGUUUUGUGGAGGACUACUCCGAGCCCCAGCCGUCUGUCUUCUAUCAAACUCCACAGAACGAGCACAUCUACCAGCAGAAGAACAAGCAUCUGCGGGAGGAGUAUGGCUUUAACGAUUCAUUCAGUAGCAUGGACCCCGGGGUUGAACGAGCUCCGCCACCUGCCCUACCUCCAAAACAGAGGCAAUUGGCUCCCUUUGCUGCCUCUUCCUUCUCCUCUGUCUCGUACUGUGCACAGCCAGCCAAAGGGGUCUUCAACGCACCUGAGGACGGCAGCCACCCUCAGGGCAUCAGUCUCUCAGCCUCUAACUGCUUUCUGAGCCGCCACGGCUCUUUCCCUGUGCCUUCGUACAAAUCUGUAUUUCGCUCCUACUCCCAGGACUUUGCUCCUCAUAGCCAGGCUCCUGCCCUCCCCCUGCUGAGUCCUGCCAUCUUCUACACCUCCCGAUACCCCCUCCCAGAUUCUGUGCCCCCCCUUCCUGUUGUGCCUCCAGCUUCCCUCUGUCCUCCUUUAGCCUCCUCUCAGGGCAGCAGUGUCUGCGGGACCCCUCCUGCUUGCCUUCCUUUUGAGCCGCCUUUCACCGGCUCUCUCCAGACGUCAGCGAAUGAAAAUUCCAAUGAGGAGGCGGGCGAUGGGGAAUACGUCAACCUGCAUUCCUCCGGUCAAAGCAACGGAGCUCCCCUGCCCAGUGAUGGUGAAUCUCCUUCAAUCGAUGACGAGCAGCAGAGCGCUUCCUCUUCACAGCCGUGUGCUCCUGGUAGCGAGAACCAUGAAACCACAGACAGGCUCCCCAAUUCUCCUGGUGGGCAUAAUCACGAAGCACCAGAGGCGGAGGAGAGCGAUGAGUUGGAUGAGCUUUCCCUUGUGGACCACAAUGAGAUCAUGGCGAAACUCACACUGAAACAAGAGGGUGACGAUGGGCCGGAUGUUAGGGGCGGUUCUGGAGAUAUCUUACUUGUCCAUGCCACAGAGACAGACCGAAAAGAUCUGGUUCUUUAUUGUGAGGCCUUUCUGACCACCUACCGGACAUUCAUAACACCAGAGGAGCUGAUUCAGAAACUCCAGUACAGAUAUGAGAGAUUCUGCCACUUCCAGGACACAUUCAAGCAGCGUGUGAGCAAGAACACCUUCUUCGUUCUGGUGAGAGUGGUGGACGAGCUGUGUUUGGUGGAGCUGACAGAUGAAAUCUUGAAGCUGCUGAUGGAACUAGUGUUCAAGCUGGUGUGUAAAGGGGAUCUGAGUCUGGCCAGAGUCCUGAGGAAGAAUAUCCUGGAAAAAGUGGAUAAUAAGAGGAUGCAGAGCCACUGCAACUCCGCCAUGAGACCCCUCGCUGCCAGAGGCGUUGCUGCAAGGCCGGGGACUCUCCACGACUUCCACAGUCACGAAAUUGCAGAACAGCUGACCCUUCUGGACGCAGAGCUCUUCUACAAGAUUGAGAUCCCCGAGGUUCUGCUGUGGGCAAAAGAGCAAAACGAGGAGAAAAGUCCAAACCUGACACAGUUCACGGAACACUUUAACAACAUGUCCUACUGGGUGCGAUCCAUCAUCAUGCUGCAAGAGAAGGCACAAGACAGAGAGAGGCUGCUGCUGAAAUUCAUCAAAAUUAUGAAGCACCUGAGAAAACUGAACAACUUUAACUCUUAUCUUGCCAUCCUCUCUGCACUGGACUCUGCUCCCAUCCGCCGUCUGGAGUGGCAGAAGCAGACAUCAGAGGGUUUGGCUGAGUACUGCACACUGAUAGACAGCUCGUCUUCAUUCCGGGCAUACCGGGCAGCCCUCUCUGAGGUGGAGCCCCCAUGUAUACCUUACUUGGGUCUGAUCCUGCAGGACCUCACCUUUGUGCACCUGGGGAAUCCAGACCAUAUUGAUGGCAAAGUAAACUUCUCCAAGAGGUGGCAGCAGUUCAACAUCCUAGACAGCAUGAGGCGAUUCCAACAAGUUCACUACGAGAUCCGCCGCAACGACGACAUCAUCUCUUUUUUCAACGACUUCAGCGAUCACCUGGCCGAGGAGGCUCUAUGGGAAUUGUCUUUAAAAAUCAAGCCCCGGAAUAUAACACGACGGAAAACAGAGAGAGAUGAGAAGACCUAAGAUAUGUAGGAGGCAGACAAGACUGCCACGAGGACUAUAAAGAGGAAAAGUUUCCUAUCAAGGGGGACACACCGAAGGGUCAAAAAGGGGACAUAUAUUGUUUACUGGUUGUCACUGACCCCCUUCUCCUCUCCCAAAGACAUGGGUUACCCUGCCCACCAUUGUCUUAUGUUACUUUGUGACCCCCGAAUCCUGUCGGGAGUCACAGAUCUCUGUGCCAUGUCACUACGGACCUCCCUGCUUUCAUCACCAAAUGCAGACUGAGGAUAUGGCGGGUAUCACACUGGUUCUGGUGACCACAGCGAACCUGCCCUUCUAUAUAAACUAAGGACUCAUGGGACAUCGCCAAGCUACUCCAAGCUAGCUGCAGAGCCCAGAUGCUCAUUGUAAACCUUAUUUUUUUUUAUUGUUGUUGCCAACUUCACAUUUUGUUUUUUCGGAUCUGCCAACAUUUCCCCUCCACCCCCAGCAGAGGGCAGUGUACUCCUGUGUGUGUGUGUGUAUAU